AGUGGACCAUAUUUAAUGCCAAGCCUCCGUAUUGAAGUGAGGCUUAUAGUGUUUGAGAUGAAGACAAGCGGACUUAGCAUCACUGUAGCGACAUACUUGUGUAGCCUGUUGAUACUGAGUUCAGUUAGUGAAGGGACAACAAUAGAACCAUCGACAACCACUACCACUGGUGAGGUAACAACUACUGAAGCAGCCACUACAACAGUGGAGGGCACUACUACAACUGAACAGCCAACUACCACUGCUGAUGUAACAACUACUGAAGCUGCCACCACAACAGUAGAGAGUACUACUACAACUGAACAGCCAACUACCACUCCUUAG